GGCAGAGUCUUUUUCCAAGGGAAGCAAAAUUAGGCAAAUAGUCACCCUCCUCUCUUUCAUCACAAGUCACAAGUAUCCUUGUAUUCGGAGACCCACUAGUUUCAGUUCAGUCGAGUGCAGACAGAAUGGCAGAAACGAAGACUGUGCAUUCGCCGCUGGUUACUUAUUUUUCAAUGCUUUCACUUCUCACUCUCUGCCCUCCUUUUGUUAUUCUACUAUGGUAUACAAUGGUACAUGCUGAUGGGUCAGUUUGUCAAACUUGGGAUUACUUGAAGCAACAUGGCUUGCAAGGAUUUAUAAACAUUUGGCCAAGGCCUACUGCAAUUGCCUGGAAAAUUAUUGCUUGUUAUGCAGCAUUUGAGGCUGCACUGCAGCUUCUUUUACCUGGAAAAAAGGUCGAGGGUCCAAUCUCUCCUGAAGGAAACCGACCUGUUUACAAGGCAAAUGGUGUGGCAGCAUAUGUGGUGACUUUAGUUACCUAUCUUAGCCUUUGGUGGUUUGGUAUAUUCAACCCCUCGAUUGUUUAUGAUAAUUUGGGAGAAAUAUUUUCUGCUCUCAUUUUUGGAAGCUUAGUCUUCUGUGUUUUCUUAUACAUAAAGGGUCAUUUGGCUCCAUCAUCUACUGAUUCUGGAUCAUCUGGGAACAUGAUAAUUGACUUCUAUUGGGGUUUGGAGCUGUAUCCUCGAAUAGGAAAGAACUUCGACAUCAAAGUUUUCACAAACUGCAGAUUUGGGAUGAUGUCUUGGGCUGUUCUGGCAUUAACCUAUUGCAUUAAGCAGUAUGAGCAGAAUGGGAAAGUAGCUGACUCCAUGCUUGUAAAUACAAUAUUGAUGCUGGUGUACGUCACAAAGUUUUUUUGGUGGGAAGCUGGUUACUGGAACACAAUGGACAUUGCACAUGAUCGAGCUGGAUUUUAUAUUUGCUGGGGAUGCUUGGUAUGGGUUCCAUCUGUGUAUACUUCUCCCGGCAUGUACCUUGUAAACCAUCCUGUGAACCUUGGACUUCAGCUUGCACUCUAUAUACUAGCAGCAGGCAUUCUCUCCAUAUAUGUCAAUUAUGAUUGUGACAGGCAAAGGCAAGAAUUUCGCAGAACAAAUGGCAAAUGUUUGGUCUGGGGAAGGGCUCCAUCAAAGAUUGUGGCCUCAUACACUACAACAUCUGGGCAAACAAAGAUAAGCCUCCUUUUGACAUCGGGAUGGUGGGGCUUAUCUCGUCAUUUCCAUUAUGUACCUGAAAUACUGGCUGCUUUUUUCUGGACUGUCCCGGCUCUUUUUAAUCAUUUCUUACCCUAUUUCUAUGUGAUAUUUCUGACCAUCCUUCUGUUUGACCGAGCUAAAAGGGAUGAUGAUCGAUGUCGGUCCAAGUAUGGGAAGUACUGGAAGUUGUACUGUGAGAAGGUUCGCUACAGGAUUGUUCCUGGAAUCUACUAAGACAUCACACAUUGAAUGGACUGGUUUACCUGUUUAUAUCUGCUGGUGAACUCAAGAGUGCAAUGUGCUUAUUAGCACCCCUUGAAUUGUAUAACUCUUGUUAAGUGCUUUUCAGGUGCUUCGAUGUUUGGACAGGAUGUAAAUUUUGCUGGUCAAUGCACAAUGUAUUUUCAGUUCCCAUUUUCCAUUGCUCCUCUUUCUGGGAGUUAAAAAUAGAGGAUCGCAUUCCGAGGGGACCUCUUAA